CUACACUUCCCAGCAUUCUCAUCGGCCGUACAAUAUGGUUGCACAUAACAUCAGCUGCACAGGACUUUGUAUUUUAUUACCCCACUUGCAACGAUGCUGAGUUUCUUUGUGAUUAUUAUGCUUUGUAUAAGUGGUGUCUCUACCUCGGAUGCUAAAGGCUCACAGGAUGCCCACAGUCCCAGUGAGAGCUAUCUCAUGUCGAUAUGGCACAACAGGUUGUACUUGUAUUCAGCUGCUGCUCUCGUCUUUGGGAUCUGGUUCUCCCUGAAGGUGGCACUGAAGAAGAAAAGCUUCUCCAAGGAAAUCGGCCCCUGGGUUUACAAAGCAGUGAAGAGCAAUGACAGCUCUGAUGGAGACACUGUGGUUCACGUGUCAGGAGUUAAAAUCUUCUACGGCUCACAAACUGGAACAGCAAAGGGUUUUGCAAAAGAGCUGUCGGAGGAGGUGAAGACUUUGGGUAUACCAGCAGAGGUGAUCGACUUCAAAGACUACGAUGCAGACGAUCAACUCGCUGAUGAGUGCACCAAGAAGUCCGUGUGCGUGUUUCUCGUGGCCACCUACACUGACGGGCAGCCCACAGAGAACGCCGAGUGGUUCUGCAAGUGGUUGGAGGAGGCGUCCACUGACUUCAGAUACGGGAACACCUACCUCAAAGGCCUCAGAUAUGCAGUGUUUGGUCUGGGCGAUUCUGUCUAUGCUGGCCACUAUAAUACGGUGGGUACAAACUUUGACAAGUGGCUUUGGAUGCUGAGUGGCAUGAGAAUCAUGACCAGGGGAGAGGGCGACUGUAACGUGGUGAAGAGCCGUAACGGCAGCAUUCAGGCAGACUUCCUGGCCUGGAAGGUCAAGUUCCUGAUCCGCCUGCAGGCCCUGGCCAAGGGCGACAAGAAGAGCUGCACUGGGAACUGUAAGACUGGAGGCUCCUGUAAGGACGAGAAGAAAGAGGAGGAGGACGAGGAGGAGGCGGAGGCAGCUCUGCAGAAUAACAGCUCUGAGGAGGAUCUGAUGGAAUCCAGCAGUGAUGAGGAGUCUGGCCUGCAAGAUGAGACACAGUCGGGUUCAGUGGUUGACAUGGAGGAUCUGGGCAACAUCAUGAACAGUGCCAAGAAAGCAAAGAGCAAACAGGAAGGUCGAGAAGGCGGCCUGUUGGUGAAGCCAUCCAAGUUGAACGGAGUGAAGAAGAUGGAAGAUGAAGGGGAAAGAAGAGAGAUGAUCACCCCUGCUCUAAGAAAAGCACUGACAAAACAAGGGUACAAACUAAUUGGAAGUCACUCAGGAGUGAAGCUUUGUCGAUGGACUAAGUCCAUGUUGCGAGGGAGAGGAGGCUGUUACAAGCACACUUUCUAUGGGAUUGAGUCUCACCGAUGCAUGGAAACUACCCCCAGCCUUGCCUGUGCUAACAAGUGUGUCUUCUGCUGGAGACACCACACCAACCCUGUGGGCACAGAGUGGCGCUGGAAGAUGGACCCCGCUGAGAAGAUCCUGCUGGAUGCCUUGGAGAACCACCAGAGCAUGAUUCGACAGUUCCGAGGUGUCCCUGGAGUGAAGCCCGAGCGGUACGAGGAGGGCUUGGCAGUCAAGCACUGUGCCCUCUCCUUGGUGGGUGAGCCAAUCAUGUACCCCGAAAUCAACACCUUCAUCCGCCUCCUCCACUCCCACCACAUCUCCAGCUUCCUGGUUACCAAUGCACAGUUCCCAAAGGAAAUCGGGAGCCUGGUGCCAGUUACCCAGCUGUAUGUUAGUGUGGACGCCAGCACCAAAGACAGUCUGAAGAAGAUUGACCGACCACUUUUCAAGGACUUCUGGCCUCGCUUCCUGGGCAGUCUCAGGGCCCUGGGAGAGAAGAGACAGAGGACGGUGUACAGACUGACGCUGGUGAAGGCCUGGAACGUGGAGGAGAUGCAGGCCUACUCGGAGCUCAUUUCUCUGGGCCAGCCAGACUUUAUUGAGGUCAAGGGAGUGACGUACUGCGGGGAAAGCGCUGCUAGCACUCUCACCAUGGCUAACGUCCCCUGGCACCAGGAAGUGGUCGCCUUCGUCCAGCAGCUGGCUGACAUGUUGCCUCAGUAUGAGAUCGCCUGCGAACACGAGCACUCCAACUGUUUGCUCAUCGCACACACCAAGUUCAAGGUGGAUGGCGAGUGGUGGACAUGGAUUGACUACGAGCGUUUCCAGGAGCUGGUCCAGGCUCACGAGGAGAGUGGGGGACAGCAGGGCUUCUCAGCCUUGGACUACAUGGCCAAGACUCCCAACUGGGCUCUGUUCGGAGCCAAUGAGCAAGGUUUUGACCCCACCGACACACGCUUCCAACGACGCAACAAAACCAAAGAUAUUUCAGGAUGUUGAAAGAUGUGAGGGAGAGAGAAAGAGAACGAAAGAGGACCAAUCCAUAGAAAAAACAAUAAUAACAAAAAAAAAACUAGAGUUCAAUGUUUUUAUUCCAAUCCUCUCCAGAUCCUGGCCAGGCAGCUUUUUUAAUGUCCCGAGCUGCCCUCUUUCUCACUUAAACCUUUUCUUCCCUCUUUUCAUUUCUCUUCCAUUUGGAUCUUUCAUUUUAUUGGCUUGAGCUUCAAGAUCAGCCAAAAGCUGUCCGAUUUAAUUCCACUAAUCUCAUUUCCUAGACAUUCCCCUUCACGUUCACUUUGAGUGCUUCUCUUGCUUCCUUUAUGUACAUAGAUCUUUGAUAAGUCCCUCUUUUUUUGAUUGGGUCAUUAUUAUAAAUGUCAAUGGCUUUGAUCUUUUAAACCAUCUGGCAGCACUUGGGAAGGUUUACACUGUUAAAGUUGAUCCUGGGUAUGGUUUCAUCAUCAUCAUUUCUGACAUUUGGUUAUGAUCCAGCUUCUAGUUAGGCAGCUGUACAGCUCAGGACAUGAUUAGAAUAUUAAGAGUAGCUCUGCUCUUCAUGUCAUCUGUGCGAGCAGCACUUUCCCAGACACCUUUGCUAAUCAUUAGGACAGUGGUUGUUUUCACUCAGUGGUGAGAACUCGAGCAGUGAGAGAAAGACAUUGAGGCUGCGUCUCCACUGGGAGAGUCCAGCUUCUUGCUGCUCUCUUUGUGGGUGUUUUGCUCGGUUGCAGAGUCCAGACAGGGUCAGCUCUGCUUGGUUUAAGUGCUCUGAGCUGGGAUGGUUGACAAUAUUGCAGCUUUUGACAGAUAGUUCUGACAGGUUUGCUGUAGAUAAGGGAACACAAGUGGACAAUGUCUCAAAAACAUCACAAUAUAUUUUUUAUAACUUUAUAUAAAAAAGAUGACAACAUAUCGACAUAUUUGAGCUAAAUUAUAGAUGGAUAACAUGGUAAAAUAAAAAGUUAUCAGUAGUUCUAAUAUAAUAAAGUAAAAUAUAAAAAUAUAAUUGCAGUUCAAGAAAGCAGUUACACAGAAGCGUGAUCAUCAUAUAGCCAAUGUCAAGCAUCCUAUCAUUAUGUCAAAGCAUCUUCCAGCUCUUAGUUCAACAGGGAAAACACUGGGCACAAAGAUAAAUCAACUGCAAAUGUGCAGCACAUUUAAAAUAUGAAUCCAAAUGUAUGAUCUACAUUCAGCCACCAACCAGAAUAAGGCAUGAGUAUGAAGAAAAGCAUCAUGGGUAGUGAUGGUCGUGUCAAAAGCCUUUACUGAUAUUGUAGUGAAUCCAGAUGUAAAGUACAUUUUAAUUAAAUGUUUAAGUCCAUUUGUAUUUGUUUUAUUUGAAUGUAAAUCAAGAUGUCAAGUCUGUUUUGAUUAUUUUUUUUACGAUGUCCAAUGUUGCGGUGACUCCCUGUUGGGAGAAACUGCAGGUGUGGGGGGAUAUUGCACUAUAAUAAAUGUAUGUGGAGUAAUCUG